AUGUUUUUAGUUGUAAAAUCAGAUUUGAUAGCUUCCGAAUUGUCAAAUUUAAGAUGGUUGAUCAAACAGUACGGUUUAAUCUGGAAUUUGAAUAAUACAUCCUGUGUAGAGAUUAUAAAUAAUCCACUAUAUUUACAAUGUGGAGUCAAUUCUGAUCAAAAAGAAUUUGUAAAAACCAUCGCAAUACCUCAAAAUUCUACUACAUUUCAAUCAGUAGAACCGAUUUUAGCUUUAAUAUUCACAAAUCUUGAAUCAAUAUCAAUUGACUCGACUUACGCUUCUGAUCCUGUCUACAACAUUCUUUUUCUCCUAGAUCAAGCUGAAAAUAUAAAAUUGAAUAAUAUAGCGCUAUUACGGAAUACUAUCACCGGUCAUAUUGAUAACUUCCCUUCUAAACUUAAAAAUCUUACCACAUUAGAAUUGAGUUCAAAUACUUUUAAUAGCAAUGUGACUGAAUCAAUAUUCCUACCCCCUAUGAAAUCUGUUAAAUUUGUCGGGAAUCAAGUUUUGGGUAAUAUGAUCAAGAUCACCCAAAAAUUUUCAACAAUUCAAAAUUUAGAAAUAGAUUUAGGUGAUUUUGGAUAUAUCAAUCUAAUGGUAACAACAGAAUUUCUUCCAAAUAUUAUUACUUUGUAUUAUACUCAAAAUACACCUUUUGAAAUCAGUGUAGAAUCUCAAACUCUUAGAAGACUAACUGUGAAAAAAGGAACUGUGAAUAUGAAUAGUUUACCAGAAUUGAUUUAUAUUGGAUAUGGUAGUGGAGUAUUUCCUGAUGAAAGUUGGUUCAAACCAGAUUUUAAUUUAAACAUCUAUGACUCUUUAAUUGGUGGAGGUGUAAAAGACUUGGGAGCAAAAUCACCAAGAUCUAUAGUUCUCAUUAAUAAUACAAGAUUAAGUGGAUAUUUAUAUGAAUCAAAUUGUUAUAUUUUUGGAUUUAAAAUAGACAGUCAAUUGGGAGUGGCCCAAAACAAUCUAAGCAUUUAUGUCCCCGAUUGUUACUACUGUUAUUGGGACCAAUAUCAGAAAAUCUUACCUUCGAACACACCUCCACCACCAGUGGAUUUUCAAUGUCCAAUUGUAUAUAAUCAAACAUUAUUUUAUGUAAACUCUCUUAGUCCAUUAUAUAUUAGUGGUAAAAAUCUGGGAUCUAGAUACUAUGGUUCAAGAGUUGCAAAUGUCAUACCAAACAAAUUAAUCCAAUACACUCCAUUAACUUUACAGGGAAAAGAAACAAUAGUUCUAAAUUCAAAAACAAAUCUUUCUUUUGAUAUUGUUUGGGGAAUUGAACCACAAAUUAGGAGAGCAAAUGCAACAUAUAUCAAUGAAACUUUUAGUGAAAUUAACAUCUUUGGUAAAUUCAAUCCAUUUUCCAAUUUCAUUAUCAGUGUUUUAAAUGAUAGUUUUGAUACGUCUUCAAGAAGAAUUCCGUGUAUUCACGUACAGGUAUCCGAUACAAAGUUGGUUUGUGAUAUCGCAAUAUCAAAGAGACCAUACUAUAAUAUCACGGUGUCCGACACUAUGACAAGAUUGAAUAUCGAUACUCUGGUUUAUGUACCACCCGAUAUCAAUAAUUGUGGUGCUAACGAUGCCUGUGGUGGAAAUGGAAAAUGUAUCAAUGCAUUCUGUCAGUGUAACAAUGGAUACAGUGGAUUCUACUGUGACUCUAAACUGCAGGGAGGUGAUGUCAUCGUCAAUCCGUCACCAACAGCACCGGAACCAACAAUCAUCGUAGAGGAGAAAAUUCAAUUUAAAUUCAAUAUCAUUGCAAUCCAGGAAAUAGAUUCAGAUGAAAAGAUUGUCAAUGAAAUAUUCACAGAGAAAUGGAGUUCAACCUCAACUACCAAAGAUACACUUACAACGUAUAACUAUAAUAUAAUGGUUGGUUCAACAUCGACAUCGAUCAAUGCAACGAUUGAGCAAUCAACAAAAGAUAGAGUGGUUGAAUUCGGAGGUUAUCCAACAACCUAUGCUGCAGGUUCACUUAAGCUGACGAUAAAGAUUAACAAUUGGAGUUAUAAAGACAAGUUGAAUCAUCUUCGAGUUAUCAUGACAACAACCAUUGAGAAUACCAAAGAUGAUUGCGAUUCAGAUACGAUUGCCGAUGGCCAAGAUAUCAAUGAUAUCAAUUACUUGAAGGUGAUGAUGAAUGACAAGACAUUCUAUGGUAGAUUCCUUCCAUAUUCAGUGGUUGACAAUGGUAGAGUCGUCAAAGUCAACAAUCAAUUGAUCAACACAACAGUUUUCACUGGUCAGUCAUUCAUUGGAAUAUCAUUGCCCUAUUGUCUUGAAUGUAUUAUCGAUCCUGAUUUUUCAGUUUUGGUCAACACCGAUCGAUCUGGUGACUCUAGAUGUAGAUCAGAAUCAAGAAAAUGGUUAAUUCCAACCAUCAUAGUAGUCGUUGUUGUUGGCUCCAUAUCGAUAAUAGUACUUUUGGCUAUUGUAUUAAAAAGAAAACUAAAAUAUAUGUCUAUCAAUUUAAAAGAUAAAUUUGGAAAGAAAAAGAACAAAGGUAUCGAAUUACAUUAA